AAUUAAUUAAGCGCUAGACUUAAUUAAUUAAUAAAUAAAGCAUUUCGAUCUAGCUGGGAGGUGAAUAACAAUUAACAGGCAAAAUGUGCCAAACCCUCGGGAGCAAGGCGGAUGGGAGCUCGGAAGGUGGUGUUACAUGCGGUGGCGACAGCACAAAAGGCAAAUGUACGGGCUUGAUGACGAAGGUGAGGGACUGGAAAGGCAAGAACUUGAAGAACAUACCGUACCCUGAAGACCCUCGUAUUGAAUUUGAGGGGUUCACUCUUUCUAAGGGCCUCAUCUUCAAGGCCCACUUUUCAGUUUACAACCCUCUCACUUGCGGCAUUCCCAAGUGGAAGUCCGCGCAUUACACUCUUAAAUUUCCCGACGGCAACAGGGAAAUUGCUAAUGGUAAAGUGCCCUCGAAGUGGCUGAGAGCAAAGAAGAAGACGACAGUGGACGUGACGAUAAAUGUUUCGCUGAACGAUCUGGGAGAUAAGUUGAAAGAAAUAAUGCUCCAAACUAUAAUUGAUGGCCACCUAAAGGUUGAAUUGGCAUUGAAAAUCACCUUCGGCUUUCCCAUUAUCGGAGACGUGCCGGUAUCCCAAGUCCUGGACAAAUGCUUGAGCCCUGCACUUUACAAACUGGUCCAACUGGUAUUGGAUACUAUCGAGGGCAAUAAGAAGAACAUACCUAAAGCUCUGUCCGAAAUUUUAGAAGCGCUAACGCAUUAUUACGAUGACCAGAAGAAGGCUCUUGAUCAUGUUGCGGAUGACCUGCAGAAAAACUGGGAACAGAUCAAUAACGCUGUUCAAGCUAUCCAAAAAUUGUUUAAUCCUCAAGAAAUUGUGGGUGGCUGGAUAGAAAAAGGUCAAGAAAUUGUGGGAAAAGGUCAAGAAAUUGUGGAUGACUGGAGAGAAAAAAUCUUUAAAGGGCCCGGUCGUAUUAAAAACCGAUCUGCAGAAAAAUAA